AUGCUGGAGCUGUGGCUAAGUGGGAAACAGUGGCCCCUGGGGUUGCCAAGGCUGAGAGAGCCCGCUGCCCGGCUGCGCCGCGCCCUCGCUGAUCGGGGAGUCCAAUUUAAGCCGGCGGAGUUGGCGGAGCGGAGGCGCUGCGGCGGCGCGGACUCGGCGCGGCUCGGGCACCUCUCUUCCUUAUCUCUUACUCAAACUUCUCUGCUCCAACUCAGCUCCAUCGCCAUUGGUCUGACGCAGCGCGCGGGGACGUCAGGCGAGCGCCGCGCCCAUUGGCUGCGGGGCGCGCGGCGCAGCUGUUCUGAUUAUCAUAUUUCAGCCUCGCAGCCGCGGUGCGCCACUGACCGUUCGGCAAGCCCGCGGGAGAGGCCGGCCGCGCCGCCAGCGCCCUCGCCUCCUGUCGCGCUGCUCCUCCGCCCUGCGCUCCUGGGGUCCCCGCAGUCCGGCUGGCCGCGUUGCGCGCGGGGCUCGCUUUUCCGCCUCCGGUGGCGAGUGGCUGGUGGGUCCUGGGCGGUUCAGCUGAAAGCUACCACAAAUGCACGGAAUCCAGCAAAGCACCCACGGACCCACCCAAGCUCUCGGGAAACCCGGAGUGAAUUAAGUGUAGCUGAUCAAAUGACAUUCUUUCUGAAAGAAGUGACACCAUUUUCCCCACUGCAAUCCUGUCGAACCGGCAGCUCUGAAUUUAGCGCCAAAGGAUUGAUUUCCAAAUCAGUACUGGAGGUUUACUGGGAAGGAGAGGAGGAGGGGAGGCGAAGGUACCUUGUUGGAGGUCAAGAGGAGGAGGAGGAGCAGCAGAAAAUUACCCGCUCAGCGCGGGAGGGAGUUGGAGGCCAGGAAAUCUACCCAGGAAGCCUCAAAUAA